UGGGCCGGGAGCAGGCGGAUCGGAGCCACCCCCAGGCCCCGGCCGCUCACCGGGCAGCAGGAGCCGAGCGGAAAACGGAGGCGUGAGGGGAGCUGCCGCCUCGGGGCGCUGGAUAGCGCUGGGGAGCCUGUGCCGGUGAUCGCCUGGCACCGCCCCCCCCCUUGGCGCCGGGCACCUGGCACCGCCCUGCCCCGUUCCCCCCGCCCCAGCGCCGGGCACCGGCAUCACCCGGCACCGCCUUGCAUCGCCCGUUGGCCCCCGAGCGGAGGAUGUGACUCCCGCCGGUUCCUCCUGGCAGUGAUCGGUGCUGCUCCCGGAGCUCUGGGCCUUGCAGGGAAGGGGAAUCCUCGCCCACCCCCCCAGCUCUUCCCACCCUCCCCGCUUCUUCUGCUCUUGCGAGGACCAGGGGCUGAGCUCUUUAUGGGGCAGUUCAACCCGGCCUGGAGAAGAUGCCAAGGAAGGAGCUACCUUUGCCAGAGGGCUGGGAAGAAGCCCGGGACUUCGAUGGGAAAGUGUAUUAUAUCGACCACACCAACAAAACCACCAGCUGGAUCGACCCGAGAGACAGGUAUACUAAACCACUAACCUUUGCUGACUGCAUUAGUGAUGAAUUGCCAUUAGGAUGGGAAGAAGCUUAUGACCCUCAAGUUGGAGUUUAUUAUGUAGACCACAAUAACAAAUCCACACAGAUAGAGGACCCUCGUGUGCAAUGGCGGCGGGAGCAGGAACAUAUGCUGAAGGACUAUCUGAUACUGGCCCAAGAGGCAAUCGCUGCUCAGAAAGAGAUCUACCAGGUGAAACAGCAGAGACUUGAAUUGGCCCAGCAGGAAUACAGGCAGCUACAUGAUGUUUGGGAACACAAACUGGGCUCUCAGAUCAGCUUGCACUCUGGCUCAUCGUCUAGUUCUAAAUAUGACCCGGAGAUUCUUAAAGCUGAAAUUGCUACUACAAAAUCCAGGGUUAAUAAAUUGAAGAGAGAAGUGGCUCAUAUGAAGCAAGAACUGCAAUACAAAGAGCAUGGCUUCCACACACUAAAGAAAAUUGAUAUGAAAAUGUCUGAUACUCAAGGUGGAUACAAACUUGAUGAAGCACAAGCCAUAUUAAGUGAAAUGAAAGCUAUCAAGAAAGCAAUCACUUCAGGAGAGAAGGAAAAACAAGAUCUCAUUCAGAGCUUAGCCAGGUUAAAGGAUGGCUUUGUGACUGACAGAGGAUCGCAGUCAGACCUGUGGGACAGCAAUGCAUCCUUAUUACCUCCACAGUAUCUGGAUGUUAGCUCCCAAACAGAUGUUUCAGGAAAUUUUAUCACAAGCACUAAUAAUCAGUUGGCUGAGAAGGUCAGAUUACGCCUCCGAUAUGAAGAAGCAAAGAGAAGAAUAGCAAACUUAAAAAUACAUUUGGCUAAACUGGACAGUGAGGCCUGGCCAGGUGUGCUGGAUUCAGAACGGGACCGACUAAUAUUAAUCAAUGAGAAGGAGGAGCUCUUAAAGGAAAUGCGGUUCAUUAGCCCCCGAAAGUGGACUCGAGGUGAAGUGGAAAGACUGGAGAUGGAGAGAAAACGUCUAGAGGAAGACCUUCAAGCUGCAAGAGAUACUCAAAGCAAAGCCUUAACAGAGAGAUUGAAGUUGAAUAGCAAAAGAAAUCAGUUGGUCCGCGAACUGGAGGAAACAACACGAUUAGUUGUAACGUUACACACCCAGCUGAAAAACCUCUCUACCAGCAUGCUUUCCCUCUCUUCGGGCAGCAGCCAUGGCUCUCUCGCAUCGAGCAGAGGAUCUCUUGCCACCUCUAGUCAGGAUUCUUCCACCUCAGCCAGUUUUACUGAUCUCUACUGUGAGCAGUGGGAACAGUUGGACUCAGACUAUCAGAACAAAGUCGACUUCUUACUCUUGGAGGGAGCCGCUGGAUUUAGGCCUUCAGGCUAUAUCACCACUAUUCAUGAGAAUGAGGUGGCAAAAACUCACAAAACAGAUGCCACCGGUCGUAUCCAGGCUUUGAGAUCUUUGUCUGGGACCCCCAAAUCAAUGACAUCCUUAUCUCCAAGGUCAUCUCUGUCAUCUCCUUCUCCACCCUGCUCCCCACUAGUGAUAGAUCCUCUCUUAACUGGAGAUGCCUUUUUGAGCCACAUGGACUUUGAAGAUACAGAUAUAAAUACAAGUCUUUCUGAACUCUCUCUAAAUGCUGGAAGUGGCAGCUACAGAUUGGAAGAGCCUAGGGCUGGGGACAAACAUCUAGGCCAAGGUGUAAAUUCAGCUGGAGGGGCCACACUGAAGGUGGCAUGUGUGUCAGCUGCAGUGUCAGAUGAAUCUGUUGCUGGAGACAGUGGGGUGUAUGAGGCAGCUGUACAAAGACUCUGUGUGUCAGAAAUGAUAAUGUUUGACAGUGAUCAUACAGAAGCAGCUGGAACUGCCAAAGUGCAAAUUGCUAUGAAGUAUGAUGACAAAAAUAAACAAUUCGCAAUAUUAGUCAUGCAGCUGAAUAACGUUCCUGCUCUAAUGUUACAGCAAGAUCAGAAAGUGAACAUUCGUGUGGCUGUUCUUCCUUGCUCUGAAAGCACAAGCUGUUUGUUCCGCACAAGACCCAUGGAAGCUUCUGAUAGUCUUGUAUACAAUGAAAUAUUCUGGGUUCCAAUCUCUUACCCUGCUUUACACCAGAAGACUUUAAGAGUUGAUGUUUGCACUGUGGAUAAGUCUCACCUCGAGGAGUGCCUGGGUGGGGCACAAAUUAGCCUGGCUGAAAUAUGUCGAACUGGAGAGAAGUCAACACGCUGGUACAACCUUCUUAGUUAUAAGUAUCUUCAGAAGCAAAGCAGAAAACAUAAACAAGGGGAUAUUUGUUCUGCAGUAUCCUGUGUUGAAAAAACAGACUCUGUAUCUGCACUGCUGGAACAGACUGCUGUUGAACUGGAAGCAGUAGAGAAGAAGCUGGAAGAAAGCAGAAGCACUUUAACUAGUGGAGAGAAUUGGCAAGAUGAGGAGGUUGCUGAGCAAGAAGAGCAGGAUGGGAACAGUGACAAUGAAGCAGAAGAGGAGGAAGAAUUCUAUGAUGGAAAAACACUCUGGGAGGUGGAAGAGAAUCCAGAAUCGCAAGUGCAUGCAGAGUCGAUAGCAGUAAAGGUAGAUAAAGAGACAAACACAGAGAGCCUUGCACAAUCUUCUACUGUAGUUCGUCCAAAAGAGAAGAAAGCAGCUAACCCACCACAAACUCAGUUUGUCAGAAGUAGCACCAUAAUCCGCUCCAAAACAUUUUCGCCAGGACCACAGAGUCAAUACAUCUGCCGGCUAAAUCGCAGUGAUAGUGACAGUUCAACACUGUCUAAGAAACCACCCUUUGUUCGGAAUGCUAUGGAGAGGCGAAGUGUCAGAAUGAAGCGGCCUUCGGUUAAGUCCUUUGGUGCAGAGCGACUAAUCCGAACUUCACUAGACCUGGAGUUAGACCUGCAGGCUUCAAGGACCUGGCACAAUCAGUUAGUGCAAGAGAUCUCUGUACUGAAAGAACUGAAAGAACAGUUAGAACAAGCUCAAGGUCAAGGUGAAAAAGAGCUGCCACAAUGGGUGAAGGAUGAUGAGAGAUUCCGGCUUUGGCUGAGACACGUCGAAAAACGGGCUGAGAAAACAGAACACAAAUGUGAGCUGAAAGCGGAUAAAAUGAUGAGAGCAGCGGCCAAGGAUGUACUCAGGCUACGAGGACAGAGUCGUAAGGAGCCCUUGGAGGUACAAUCAUUCAGAGAGAAGAUGGCAUUUUUCACACGACUGAGGAUAAACAUUCCAACCCUCUCUGCAGAUGAUGUUUAAUCACCAUAAAGUAUUUGUUUUCCCUGACCAUUCCAUAAAUACAGUUCGGUUUUGCUGAAGUUAUUUAUGUGGUAUUAUGAAGGUACCAAUCAUUUGUACAUUAGAGCUUUUGUCUGUUUUUUAAUGUCUAAAGACUUUUUUAGUUUUGUUCUAUCAUUAGAAAAACCAGCAUUAAAGUGACAAGAUUGUAUAGUUUGUAUAUUUAGGAAUGUAUUUUUGGGAAAGAAUUUUAAAUAAGAACAAAUGCAGCCUGAAGUGCUGUUCUUAAAUAAUAAUAUUCUAUUUAGACUUAUUUUGUACAGCUCUACCUUUUAGAGGUUUUACUGCAAUAAAAUAAAUCUGAAGGAACCUCACUGCUAUGUUCUAUGGCUAUAACACAUCAAACUCUUCCUACUUAAUAUUUUGUACAAUAUAGAGAAUGCAGGGAACCAUUUUUUUGAUUCUAAAGUGCUGUGAACGAAUACUCUGAGCUGUGAAGUGUUUGCAUUUCCCGCUAGGUCAUAAACAUGGGUGUGGAGCUGAAAUACUUGCACUUUUUUGAGAUUUGUACUUUCAGCUCAUGUUUAUAAUGGAUCUGUUUGUUUAACAAGUUCCAAAAGCCCAUUGAAAGCCACUGCUGUAGGAGGAGGGCUACAUGGAAUGUAAGUCAAUUUUAGGUUUUUUUAAUAAAGUGAGCUUUCUGGAUGAAUUUAUCUUUUUUCUCUUUUUUGUUAUUUUAAUACAAUUAUUCCCAUCAAGUGGGGCACAGCUAUCUCAUUCCUUUUCUAAUCCACUAACCUGGGAUAGCUAUUCUACCAUUUUUAAACUCUAUUUUCAGAGUAUUUUUUAGCAAGUAACUCAGUGGGACUUAGGCUCCAAAGUCAUUCAAGUGCUUUUAAAGAUUUUUGUCCUUACAUAUAAAGAGAAGUCCCUACAGUUGAAUAUUUUAUUACUUAUUUUUCUACAGUUUAAAAUAAUAAUGCAGAAAAAGCAACUAAUAUGUAUACAAAUAUACAAAGUAAACAUGUGAAAGCACCAGUGUUUAACCAUCCUGUCUUUUCUAGCACAUCCCAAAUUGAUUUGCAUGAUAUACUUGACAGCUUUGU